CGUCCCCCGCAAAGCUUCGGACAAAAUCGCCAAGAUCGAAUCCCUCCUGGAAGAACGUCGCAUCGCAGCCAAAAUCGACGGAAUUUACAGCGAAGCCGAACCCCCUUGAAAAAUCAUGCGCCGGGUGCUGAUGACGCUUCUACAACAAUCUGCCAUGAUGCUGCCGCUCUGGAUUGGUAAGCCCUCCCCAGCCCCCCCCCCCGUUGUGCGGGCUGUGCCGGUGGCCAGCGAUGACAUGGCCAAACCCGGGGACAAGGUGGCGGCGAGAGUGAAAGCGCUGGAAGGGGACGAGCAGUGGAUCCUGGCUGAAGUCGUCAGCUACAGCCACGCGGCCAACAA